AUGCCACGCCAUUUGCUUCUGUCUCUCCUGAUUACUAGUGGCCGCGUGCUGGUCGAUGCCACUCUCCCUGCGGUACCGGAUGACUAUGAUGUGCUGCAGUACAUAGACCCGCUGAUCGGCAGCGCCAAUGGGGGAAAUGUCUUCUCGGGUGCGUCCCUGCCUUAUGGCAUGGCCAAGGCCGUCGCCGAUACCGAUUCGGAAAACAACCAGGGAGGUUUCGCCUAUGAUGGGAGCAAUGUCACCGGAUUCUCGAGCAUGCACGAUUCUGGUACCGGUGGAAGUCCUUCGCUUGGCAAUUUUCCUCUCUUCCCAUAUGCGCAGUGUGCCGACGAUGAUGUGAAUGGUUGUGUGUAUCCGAAGAAAGCACGGAAAUCGAAGUAUAAACACGACUCAGUUGAGUCCAGCCCCGGCUACUUUGCCCUGACGCUAGAAUCUGGUGUGAAAGUUGAUAUGACUGCUGCUCAACACACCUCGCUUUUCCGCUUCCAGUUCCCCACUGAUAGUAGCCCCCUGAUUCUGCUGGAUCUCUCGGAUCUCUCCGACUCACGCCAAGACAAUGCGACGAUCUCGAUCGACGAAUCUAACGGCCGGAUGAUGGGCAGUGCCAAGUUUUUGCCCAGCUUUGGAAGUGGAGCAUACGGCCUCCACUUUUGUGCCGAUUUUCAGAGUUCUGCUGGGCUGCGUGACAGCGGUAUAUUUGUUGAUGCCAGGGCUAGUGCUGGUGUUCAUAACCUGAAGAUCUCACGCAGCAUCAAUGCUUAUCCCUUGCCGGGCGGUGGUUUUGUCCGUUUCAAAACCCCUGCAGAUGGGAUUAUCCGGGCUCGUGUCGGCUUGAGCUUCAUCAGCCCUGAGCAGGCAUGCUCCAAUGCCGAAUCAGAGAUUGACGACUUUAAUUUUGAGACCACCCACAAGACUGCGAUUGCGCAAUGGACCGAGAAAAUGCGUCCGAUUCGCGUCUCGCGUAAUGGGGUCAAGGAUCCCGUCCUUACAAACUUCUACAGUGGUAUUUACCGAACAAUGGUGAACCCUCAGAACUACACAGGCGAGAACCCUCUAUGGACAAGCUCAGAGCCGUACUUUGAUUCAUUUUAUUGUCUUUGGGACUCCUUCCGCUCCCAGAUUCCUUUCCUGACCAUCUUUGACCCGAGCUCGGUGGCACAGAUGAUACGAUCUCUGAUCGACACCCAACGCCACCUUGGCUGGCUGCCCGACUGUCGCAUGUCUCUUUGCAAAAGUUUCACGCAGGGAGGAUCAAAUGCUGACAAUGUCCUGGCUGAUGCCUAUGUCAAAGGCAUCAAAGAUGGCAUUGAUUGGGACGCGGGCUAUGCAGCUGUCCAGAAAGACGCAGAUGAGGAGCCCUUUGACUGGUCUAACGAGGGUCGCGGGGGCAUGGAAAGCUGGAAAGAACUCAACUAUAUCCCAGUUGAGGAUUUUGACCAUAUUGGUUUCGGAACAAUGACUCGCAGCAUCUCUCGCACGCUUGAAUACUCCUACAAUGACUUCGCCAUUUCCCAGAUGGCUAAUGGCAUGAACAAAACCGCUGAUGCCGCUCGAUAUGAAAAGGAGUCGCGAUACUGGAGGAACCUGUUCCGAAAGGGCCAGGCAUCUUAUAUGAAUGGAACGGACACCGGAUUCACUGGAUUUUUCCAGCCAAAGUAUCUCAACGGGACCUGGGGAUACCAAGAUCCUCUCAAAUGCUCGAACAUCGACGAUAGUGGAAGUAUUUGCUCCCUCCAGAACACGGCAGGGGAGACCUUUGAGUCGAGUAUCUGGGAGUACCAGUUCUUCGUACCUCACGACAUGGCCGCUCUCAUACCCCUUCUCGGAGGACCUUCCAAUUUUGUGCGACGCCUUGAUUACCUCCACGAUCAGAACAUUACCUACAUUGGCAAUGAACCGGCCUUCUUGACGGUAUUUCAAUAUCACUACGCCGGCCGCCCAGCCAAAUCCACCGCUCGCGUCCGCACCUAUAUUCCGGAUUACUUUUCCCCCACCCCCACGGGGCUACCCGGCAACGACGACUCCGGCGCCAUGGGCUCAUUUGUCGCCAUGUCUAUGAUGGGGCUCUUCCCCAACCCAGGUCAAAGCGUCUACCUCCUUACCGUGCCCUUCUUCGAAUCUGUCAGCAUUGUGUCGCCCAUCACUGGCAAGAUGGCCACCUUGCGCGUGAUCAACUGGGACAAGUACAACUCGCUCAACAAUACCGGCGGCACUGGUUUUAUCCAGUCCGCAACCUUGAAUGGUCAACCAUAUACGAAGAACUGGGUCUCCCACGACUUGUUCACAGAGGGUCAAGACCUAGUCCUUGUCCUUGGUCAGAAUGAGACGAGCUGGGGCACUAAGGCCGAGGAUCUGCCCCCUUCUCUGUCUGAUUCCUCGGACAUCUUGGCUCGGGGAUUGGAUGGUGGUUUCGAGGACUUCGAGCAGCCUGCUUCUCUAGGCGUGGGUGCGCAGCACCGUGCUCGACAUGUCAAAACUGCGAAUCACCACGCCCGCUCUGCGAAGCAGUCGAAUUGGCAGAAAGGGAGGUAA